AUGACGGACUAUUGGAAAAAUAACUUACGUCGCGCAAUUUCAUACUCGUGCUGGACUAAAGGGACUGGAAGCUGCCCGGAACGUAUUUGGGUGCAGUGCCGAUGCAUAAAAUGCCUGGAGCGACAACCUGUUGGUUUCGCUGACGGCGGAAACAUUCUGUCCUUGGCCGAGUUCUCGCAACACGCUUGCUCCCAGCCACCAAGCCUUAAGCUUUUCACAAUUGUUCAUCCUGGCACUCCAAAUAAUCCGGUGCCGUUGCUGGACUGGCUGAGAGCGGCGAAUGAGCAUAUGGGUGGCGAAAAGCUGGUGCGGCGUCAGCUCUGCAGCAGCAGAAGCAGCAACAACUACAGCCACCACGCGACUGGUGCCAAAACCCGCCGCUCCAGGGGAGUGCCCUACGUCUUCCCAGACGUACUACUUGCCACACAAUCAGGCCCUCGCCAGCGCAACGGCGUCAGCGUGCGCGCAACCGCCGCCUCCGCCGCCCGCCCUUGCUCCGUUCCCGUCUCCAACAUCCUGGGGCCCACAGUCAAUUCAACCGCAGCAAUAUUUUCAGCAGGUUAG